GAGAUAGCGCGCAAACUAAAGCAAACAUUAACUAUCAAGCUAGUUAGUACCUAUUCCAUUUAUGUGGCGUCGUCAAAGAUGGAAUCUUUGCUAUCGUCAGUUUAUUCCAAGAUCAGCAUGCAGCUGUAGUGCUUCGACGUCCCUGUGAUAAGGUUAGCGACAAACUGAAGUCCAAAUUGAACAGAACAGAACUACACUCUCUUCUACCAUUGUCUUAAAUAUAUAUAUAAUGGUCUCGUUGCAAAAGAUAAAUUGUCGCUAGUGAACUUUUUUUAUUUUAUUUUAUUUCACCUUUAUUUAACCAGGUAGCAAAGAUUAUAGCAAACACACAGAAACGGAAUUGGUGCUCGCUAGCUUUACAAAUUCAGCUAUUGUUGGAAGCCAGCCAAUAUGAAACAAACUAUGUUAAAAUUACAAAAGGUUGCAGCAUGUGUUGUGUAAAUGUGUGUGUGUGCAGCUAGGCCAGCCAGCCAGGUAGAAAAAUGGCAGAAAAAAGUAAGAAGACGGACAUCAGAGUAUUUGUCAGUACACCAAAACGCAUAGUAAGAACUCUAGUAGCCUAAUAUCUCAAAGACUAGUUGAUAAAAUGUUCAUAAGAAAGAAGUGAAAUGCUAAUGGAAAUGUUUCACAAUGAUGUCAUUAGGCAGAGCAGGCAACAGAUGGGACACAGACAGCAGAGCUGGGGACAGAUAUGCAGGGACAGAUUGGCAGAGACAGGGAGUCUCAGCACCAUGGCCAGCAUUCUACUGCUUUUCCUCGCCGCCUCCUGCUGCGCAUGUCUCUGUCUCGCUGACGACGACACCUCGUUGGAGUUUGAGACUCGCGCUCUAGAAUUCCCCCACAAAUCACAAGAAGAGAAGGAUCUGAUUGAAGCUUUGCAAGAAGUUCUGGAGAAACUGAAGAACAAACAGAUGCCGCUAUCAGAAAAGAAGCUCGGCUGGCUGCCGUCGUGUGACGCGGGCGAGCAGUGCGCUGUUCGCAAGGGUGCGCGUGUCGGAACGCUGUGCGGGUGUCCGCGUGGGACGACCUGCAACUUCUAUGUCCUCAAGUGUUUGUAAGAAGAGGAGAGAAAAGGAUGAACAGUGUAGGGAGGGGAGCAGAGAGAAAUAGGAGAGAGAGAACAGAAGCUUUUUCCUCAUUCUGUGGAUCACAUUCAGAUCGUGGAACGUUCAGACAGAAAUAUUGUAUGUUGAACAGACAUGUCUCUAUCUGACAUGUAAAGUAAAUAGGAAUCAUAUCAGCUUUACUUUCAGUAUGUUGCCCUCUCCCGUCCUGAACGUGACCCUGGUGUGUAAUGGAGGGUUUGUUGUCUAACAUAAAGGUGGUAUCCCAAAUAACAAUCUAUUCCCUAUAAUGCACUAUUUUGACCAGAGUCCUAUGUGUCAGUCCUAUGUUGCUUCAGUCAAAAGUAUUGCACUUUAUAGGGAAUAGGGUGUCAUUUAAGACACUACCCAACUUGUUCCCUUCAUCUGUGCUCUCUGCUGUCUCGUCUAAUUUGACUAAGUACAAAGAAAUUCAAUGUGAUUAAUAAAGUCCUUGAUUUACA